GAUCCUUGAGCUUACAGGUAAAGCCUCCUUCAAUAUAUCUUUAGAAGUGAUAAUGAAACGUUAUGAUUUCAGACCACUCAGGAUGGAUGAGUUAUAGAUAGGUUUGAAACAAUGUUUGAAUAUUCAAAGAUUUUAGAUAAAUAACUCUCUGCCUAAUAUCGUCAGUUAUUUGCCAAAAUUAAGAAUGUCCUCCCUUUUGUUCCAAGUAGAUACAACACAAGAGAAGAUAUCUCCAAUGGACUUUCAUGAUGAAUGAGAUGAUAAAGGUCCAACUUUAAUGAUCGUCAAGACCAAAAAUGAUAAAAUAUUUGGUGCUUAUUGACCUGUAUCGUGGAUUAGUGAAAAUAUGUAUACUGAAACAGAAGAAUCAUUCAUAUUUACACUUGACAAUAAUGUAUUUACAAUGUACAAUAUAUUUGAACCGCUCUUAGCAGUUAAGCAGAGUCAGUAUCAAUAUUCACCCUGAUUUGGUGAAGUUGAUAAAGCAGAUCUAUUCAUUUCCUUCAAAUAUCCACAAAAGAGUUAUGCAAUGCUGGGGAAUGUGUAUAAGAAGAUAAUCCAUCCUGACAUCAUCAUCAAAGAGAAGCUCGAAGUCAAUUAUAUUGAAAUUUACGCCGUAAAUUUUGAAUAAGUUAGACU